AUGGGUAAACCUUCCACUUCUUCUUCCUCUUCUUCCAACAGUAGAAGAAGAACACACAACAAUUCCUCCAAUCUCUCUUCCUCUAUUACACACCAAAACAUUGAUGAACAACAGCAUCUCCAUCCUGAUCUUAACCUUGGAUUGAGCAUUUCCACAAGGGGACAUUGGCAACCAUUCCAGCAGCAACAAGGUGGUGAAGUUAAUGAUUGCGGCGAUUACGGCAGUUUCUUUGUGAAGGUUUAUAUGGAAGGGAUUCCGAUUGGGAGGAAACUUAAUUUGUUAGCACAUAAUUGCUAUCAAGAGCUAGUGAAUACUCUUGAACAUAUGUUCGACACUACAAUUCUAUGGGGCACUGAGAUGGAUGGAAUGCAAUCAGAGAGAUGUCAUGUGCUAACUUAUGAAGAUGGUGAAGGAGAUUUGAUUAUGGUUGGUGAUGUCCCUUGGGAGAUGUUCUUGUCAUCUGUGAAGAGGUUGAAGAUCACAAGGGUCGACGCAUUCGGGUGUUGA